AUGAGUGCCCUGUCGAUCCUUGCCGAGGAGUGUGAAUUACUCAAUGACAGCAAGUACCGUUCCUACAUCACCCAGGUCGAGAAAGCACUCAAGAGUUUUGACUCGACGAGUGAAUGGGCAGAUCUGAUAUCAGCACUUGGAAAACUUAAUAAGGUGUUGCUAGCCCAUGUGCGGUACCCUGUGAUUCCCAAGCGGGUGACUAUAGGCAAGAGACUGGCCCAGUGUCUGCAUCCCGCCCUUCCCAGCGGUGUACACAUGAAGGCCCUGGAGACGUAUGACAUCAUCUUCAAAUGCAUAGGCACCGACCGGCUUGCCCAGGACCUGUUCAUCUACAGCGCAGGACUGUUCCCGCUGCUCAGUUACUCUGCCAUGAAUGUGAAGCCGGUGCUGCUCCUGAUAUAUGAGCACCACUUUGUGACGCUGCGGCGCAGGAUCAAACCCGGCCUCAAUGGACUGCUACUGGGCCUGUUACCAGGUCUCGAGGAAGGCUCAGAGUUCUAUGACCAGACUGAUGCCCUGUUGCUAGACUUCUGUGAGUGCACAGACCCCCCAUACUUCUACACCUGUCUCUGGGAGUGCGUACACAGCUGUCCGUCCGUCCGUCUGGCGGCCAUCACCUUCCUCAUGGCCCACUACAACAAGAAGCAGACCAUGGAGGACCAGCUGCACAUGGUCGGCCUCAACAUCAGCCUCACGAUUGAGGCGCUGUGCAGUGCAGUACAGGACAGCAGUGUGCUGGUACAGAGAAGUAUGCUGGACUUCCUGUUGGUGGCCUUCCCCCUGCACAACCGCCAACUGACCCACGCGGACAUGGCGCGUGUUGUCCUGGCAACCAUCACUGUACUUCUCAGGAGGGACAUGUCCCUGAACAGGAGGUUCUAUGCCUGGUUGCUGGGAAGCAACACUACGCUGGUGCAAGUUCAGGAAGCAAGAUCCAAGGGAGACGUCUCAGAGUCUCCAUCAGGCGAGAUGACCUACUUUGAGCGGUAUUCCCGGGACCUCCUGGUGCAGGCAUUGAGACAGCUACUGGUGGAGAAGCCCGGGGGAUCUGACACAGUAUCUGCUCGCUCAGCCGUCCUAAAACCCUUCAGAAUCCUCAUCAGCCUGCUGGACAAACCAGAGAUCGGUCCAGUAAUCCUAGAAAGUGUGCUGCUGUCUAUAUUCAGAUGCUUGUGUAGAGAAUAUGACAUUUCUAAAUCAAGCAAAGUCUCUGCUUUUGUAAAACAAGCCUUGAAGAAAGAUGACAUCUAUUAUGAAGAACUCUUGAAAACAGCCAACCUACUGUUUGGAACUUUUGAGCCGUACUUCAUCUGGGACUAUGCCUCGAGAAAGUUCCAGGAGGCGUGUGCAGGGAGCCAUGAGGGGUUUGUGGGGAACCAGGAGGCAUGUAUAGGGAGCCAGGAUGGGUGUGCAGGGAGCCAGAGGUCCCUCAGGAAGAUAUCCGGUUCCCAGUCCAUGUCUGAGCCCCAGGAGUCAGCUGAUAUAGACGAGCUGUGUACACUGGUGGCCUAUCUGCUGGACAUCGUAUCCCUGGAGACGUUCAGUGAGACCCAGACAGAGCAUCUUCCCCACCUCCUGUGCAGUCUGAUCACAAGUCUGAGCCGCCACUGCUCCCACCUCCCGGACGCUCACAUCCUCCGUAUGCUGCGACUCUGCUCUAAGAUCCUCUCCAAGGUUCAGCCAACCAUGACCGUGUCAGGGUCACAUGACCAGUCAGCUGACACGUCAUGUGACGCCAGUAUGCUAGAGCAGGUGGAGUUAAGAGGUUCUCCAGACUCUAAGUGCCCUGUCACAGAGCCUAUGUCAGUUGAAGAAGCCUUGAAGCUGAAUGAGAAGUUAAAGAAAGAGGAACCCAGACCACCUGACUCCUCUGGCCCAAAUGAAUUCUUCCACACGCUGGUGAACGUGAAACUGCUUCAGGAGAGGUGCCAUGUUCAGUGCUACUUUGCCAGACUGGUUGAUGACCCUGACCUUACCCUGACCCCUGAUCUCUCCACCUGUGGUCUGAUAGCGUUGACAGGGUGUGAGCAGGACCGGGUACAGGCGUUCUCCACAGCCUGUCAGCUCCUGGUAGAGUUUGCCAGCUUCCCCAUGUUCAGCCAGGCUCUGCCUCCAAACUCUGAACCCAGCUCGGACGAGCCCCAGUCGCUUUCCUCGUCACACCUGUAUGCCCAGCUGGGUGCAGGACCUGGUUAUGUGUGCCUGCCAUGUAGAGACUCAUAUCUAUCACAAGCCCUUGACUUGCCAUGUAUAUUUCAGCCUGUAUGCCCAGCUGGCCUGUAUGCCCAGCUGGGUACAAGACCUGGUUAUGUGUGCCUGCCAUGUAGAGACUCAUAUCUAUCACAAGCCCUUGACUUGCCAUGUAUAUUUCAGCCUGUAUGCCCAGCUGGCUUGUAUGCCCAGCUGGGUACCAGACCUGGUUAUGUGUGCCUGCCAUGUAGAGACUCAUAUCUAUCACAAGCCCUUGACUUGCCAUGUAUUUCAGCCUGUAUGCCCAACUGGGUGCAGGACCUGGUUAUCCUGUAUGCCCAGCUGGGUACAAGACCUGGUUAUGUGUGCCUGCCAUGUAGAGACUCAUAUCUAUUACAAGCCCUUGACUUGCCAUCCUGUAUGCCCAGCUGGGUGCAGGACCUGGUGGUGUGUGCAUGCUAUGUGGACAGCUUUCCUGUACAGAGUGCAGCCAUCUCCGCACUGUUAGAUCUCAUCAUUCUCAACCAGUCCUUGCAAAGGCCGCCCUCUAGCUCUGACCUGACCAGGGAGGAUGUGAUGUCUGUACAGAUCUUGCCCACGUUGCACUUCCAGCAUCUCACCUUCCUCAUUGAGAAAACACACUUCUUCCAGACCUCAGCAGAGGUGCUCUGGGGUUACCUAGGUGAUGGUACACCUGACUGCCACCAGACUGCAGUGAAACUUCUAUACAUCCUGCACCAGGUGGCUCCCAGCACAUGGGUGUGUGAGGAUGUGAUUGGGAACCAGCUGUCACACCAUGAUGAGGUGGUGCAGAUGGAGGCGUUUGGCAGGUUCACCACUCUCUGGCAUCUCACCAGGAGCAGCAACACAGAUGUGAUCCCAGGCAAGCCUCACAGAAACUUUCACAGGUCCAUGUUUGUAUUACUUGACUGCCUCUCUGAUGAGACCAGUGCUCUCAGGGUGCUGGCCACCACCUGGCUGACCCACGUCAUACAGCAGGGCGACCUUGCCCGGGUCAUGGAGCCCAUCCUGCAGAUGUUGCUGCAUCCGGACACUUUCAGGGUGUCAGUGCAGCAUAUCAGCAUUCACGAGCCCCGCAGGGUGACCCUGUCAGAGAGCAGGGAGGACAUGGAGGCCAACAUCUAUGCCAUCAGCAACGAGGGGGGCAAUGUCAUCUACCACGUCAACUCACCAAAACUGUACACCAAGAGACACCCAGGCACGAGUGGUCACACCCGCUCACACGCCAUGACUAUCCUUGGAGAGAGAGGAACACUCACCGCAUCAGCUAGAUCAAAGUCUGAACAGGAGCUUCAUUUUGACAAAGUGGAUCCCAUCAAUCUGAGUUUGAGGAUCAACCCGUUUGGCUCUGAAAGCUCCAUCGACACUGUGGGCUGGGACAGCAUGCCUCUGCAGCCUCCAUGUGCUGGUGUGCUGAGAGCUAAACGACUGGAUAGAGAGACGUGUGUCAAGGAGGGCAUACACUUUGUAGGGAAUGAUGAAGAGACGUCAAAUGAUGUCAGUGAUGGAGAGACAGAGGAAUCCAGUGAAAGGUCUGAAAAAGCUGUGGACAUUGCUAAAGAAAUCAUUGAAGACAUACUGUUGAAUGUAAUCAAGCCAGAUCCAGUAUCUUCAUUGUCUACCAGUGACAAGGGGGAGAGUGUCAGUAAAUGGAGACCAGAGCCUAGGAAGGUUUUGCAGAGGGCAGACAGUACGACGUCCAGCAAUGUGGGGGAUCAGGACCUGCUGAGUAGAGUUCAGAAGCAGAGGGUUGACUCCCCCACCCCCAGUGAGAAGGACAUGUCCUUGUACCAGGACAUGGAGAGGGACACUACCAACAUCCACAGCCUGCAUAUGCACAUGCUGCUGUACACACAGAAAUAUGACUAUGAGCGCACGCUGUAUGCCCUAUCCACUGUGAAGGCAAUGCUGACUGCCUGUCCCCGUCUGAUGGUCACCGCCCUGGUCACCACAAACAUCAGUUCAUUAAAGGCACCUCAACUCGCUAAACUCCAGCUACUGUUGGCCAGGCACCGAACGUCUGUCUUUGGUAAAGGUUUCUAUGGUGACAUUCCAGCAGAUGUGAUGUUAACCUACAGGAGCAGUAUGUUCAUUGAAGUGCUGAUAUCUGUGUGCUUUUUCUUUGUGAGAGGAUAUUACCCGAACUUAAUGGUCUGCAAGUUGACAUGUGAUGAUCUGCUUGGCAAUAAACAGGUGCAUAUCCUUGCCACAGAGACCUUGACCUCCAUCUUGUUUCAGGUGGUGAUCAUCAUGAAAGACUCCGGGAAGAACUUUGCCUCCUACAUGAGUGACUUGUUUCAGAGAUGCAAAGUGAAGAAAGCACUUCUACACUGUGUGUUAGCUGUGAUAUACAACAGUCGGCAAAAGCAAGAUACUGAACAAAAUGUGGCUAAAUUCACUGAAGACAUUGUGCAGUUCAAUGAAGAGAAUCUGCUCCCAGCUGUGAAUGAGACAUUCUUGGUCAAGUUACUGGAGCUGCUGUCUGUGAUGAUAUCUCUGGAGGAGCCAAUCUAUCUUUAUCUGGGCCUCAAUGAUAUCAGCCCUUCCAGUUCCGGGUGUGACAGACUGAGGAUCAGCUACCAGCCGUCCCUGAACAACGUCAAGUACACUCUGGGUCAGCCUAUCGUCCAGCAGGGCAUGUUUGUGUCGGGGGUGUUGAGUGCCCUCAAGCAGGGCCACCUGUGUCACAUGCACCGACACUGGCUCACCAUCAUCACUGCCUCCCUGCCACACCUGGGCAAGCACCUGCCGGCAAUCGUGAUCGCUGUUGUCAAUCAGCUGUGUCGUAAUAUUGAGGCACUGGCUGCGUACUACGAGUCUGAAGGACAAGGAAGGCCAUCCUUGUCCAUUAUUCCCCCUAACGACUUGUUCAUGUUUGCAAGCCAUUCCUGUCCAGCCAUUCCUGUCCAGUAUAUUCCUGACCACCUGUUGUUCCUGUUUGCAUUCCAGCCCUGUCCAGUAUCCCCUUACCAUCUGUUGUUCCUGUUUGCAGGCCAUUCCUGUCCAGCCAUCCCUGUCCAGUUUCCCCCUGACCACCUGUUGUUCCUGUUUGCAGGCCAGCCCUGUCCAACCAGCCUUGUCCAGUAUCCCCCUGACCACCUGUUGUUCCUGUUUGCAGACCAGCCUUGUCCAGUAUCCCCUCGGACCACCUGUUGUUCAUGUUUGCAGUCCAGCCUUGUCCAGCCAUCCCUGUCCAGUAUCCCCCCUGACCACCUGCUCACCAUGAUGGAGUCCCUGAUGACCCUCUGCCACUACUGCCUACUGGACAAUGUGUCGCCUGUCUCAAUUGGUCAGCGUCCCCAGCUCAAUAAUCAGAACGGAGCUACUCCAGGAUCUACAAAAAAUUUCUCUAACCUCUUCAAUGUGUUUAAUCCUGUUACAAGAGAUACGAGUCCCCAGCGUGACACAGGAGUGGUCUCUCCUGUCCUGGAGGCUCGCAACAACAUCCUGUCAGUGAUGCCUCGUAUCAUGGCCUGCCUGAUCACUCUGUGGAGGGCUGUCAACAUCGUAGAUAGACGCGAUGAGGCUUCCACUGUGGUACUCGGCGCGCCUAAAGUUGUACGCCAGUAUAUACUGGAGUUUAUCAGCCCUAUAUCGCUGCCACAUGGCAUACAUCUGCUUGGAGCGAUUGCUGUAGCAUGGAAUGACAGACGAAGGAAACCACUUCCAAAGUCCACCAGAAAGGUUGCUGAGGCUCCCAGUGAUGACCAGGUGUUGUUGGUGGAGCUGGUGGGGGCCCUGCGUGUGUUGCCGCUGGAUAUGCUCAUACACACAGUCAAAGAUGUGCUGGCCAACCCACCAAACAGUGAGCUAAGCAGGAAGAGGAGUGUAUCUCUGGAAGUGAACAUGCUGCAGUUCUUCUACACGUACGUCCAGCACAGCCCCCCCGGUCAUCUGUCUGACUCCUGGUCUGCCCUCUCCACUCUGCUCAGGGAUUCCCUACAGAUCAAUCUGAAUGCACCAGGACAGUUCCUGCUUCUUAUGAUACUGAAUGAGUUUGUACAGAAGACGCCAGCGUUCACAGAGAAGCGUUCACAGCGAGAGGUUCAGGAACUUGCACAGCGCCUCCUGGAGGCCGUGUCCAACAUUGCGGGCUCCAGUCUGGAGCAGUCUACGUGGCUACGCAAGAAUUAUGCUGUGAAGCCUGGUCCCCAGCACAGUGCUGACAUCGAGGGGGAGGACACUGGCCUGCCAGACACUGGUAAGUCUUGUCCCCAGAUUAGUGUUGACAUAGAGGGGGAGGACACUGAACUGCCAGACACUGGUAUGUCUGGUCUCCAGCACAAUGCUGACAUAGAGGGAGAGGACACUGACCUGCCAGACACUGGUAAGUCUGGUCCCUGGCACAGUGCUGACAUCGAGGGUGUUGAUAUAGAGAGGGAGGACACUGGCCUGCCAGACACUGGUAAGUCUGGUUCCCAGCACAGUGCUGAUAUAGAGGGGGAGGACACUGGCCUGCCAGACACUGGUAAGUCUGGUCCUCAGCACAGUGCUGAUUUAGAGGGGAAGGACACUGGUCUGCCAGACACUGGUAAGUCUGGUUCCCAGCACAGUGCUGACAUAAAGGGGGAGGACACUGGUAAGUCUGGUCCCCAGCACAGUGCUGACAUGGAGGAGGAGGAAACUGGCCUGCCAGACACUGGAAAGUCUGGUCCCCAGCACAGUUCUGACAUCGAGGUGGAGGACACUGGCCUGCCAGACACUGGAAAGUCUGGUCCCCAGCACAGUGCUGACAUGGAGGAGGAGGAAACUGGCCUGCCAGACACUGGAAAGUCUGGUCCCCAGCACAGUUCUGACAUCGAGGGGGAGGACACUGGCCUGCCAGACACUGAGCCUGUGGCGGUGCACAAGCGUGUGGCUGACUUGGAUCCAGUGAGACUCAACUCUGUUGAGAGCAAGUACAGCGUCCAGGCACUCUCUGUACUGGCAGAGAUCACUGCCCCACUGCUGGAUGUCACAUACAGCAGUGAGGAGAAGGAAAAGGUGGCUCCAUUCCUCAUCACCCUCCUCUACAACAUCUUCCCCUACCUACGAGCUCACAGCACGUAUUACCUGCCCAGCCUGCGUGCCGCCUCCCAGUUUGUGGCAUCCAUCAGCAGUUACCAGUACACCCGCAAGGCGUGGCGUCGAGAGGCCCUGGAACUCUUGCUGGACCCAGGAUUCUUUCAGAUGGACUUGGAAAGUAUCAAAUACUGGACCACCAUCGUGGACAACCUCAUUACACAUGAUAAAACAACGUAUAAAGAUCUCAUGGCUCGCGUGUCCAUGGCACAGACUGGUUCCCUGAGUCUGUUCACGAGUAGGGAGCAGGAGAUAGACCUGAAGGCUGGUAUGCUCAAGAGACUGGCAUUCACCAUCUUCUGCAGUGAGAGCGACCAGUACCAGAAAAACAUUCCUGAAAUACAAGAGAAGCUGGCAGAAAGCCUAUGCGUGCCCGCUCCGUCUGUGAUGGCCCAGGUGUUCCUGUGUUUCCGGGUGCUCAUGCUGCGUGUCUCGCCACAGCACCUCACCUCCAUGUGGCCAACCAUCAUCACUGAGCUGAAACCAACAUAA